AUGUCCUUCCGUGCUGCUAUUCGUUUGGCCAAGAAUGUCCCAAGAGUCUCUAGAGUCUCUACCACUAGAUUAGCUAGUGCUAGUAGGCCAUUUGCUAGAACCAUGAUGAUGCCCCAAACCAGAACUUUCAUGUCUACACCAAUCAAAUUUGAUGAUCGUUCUAAAAAUGUCGGUGAAAUCUUGAAGUCUGAAAUUUCUGUUGAAACAGAAGUUGAAACUACAGAUCAAGAAAAAUCAUUCCAAGAAUUCUUGGAUAAGUAUGGAUUCUCCGUAGUUGAAUCACCUGGUAAAAAUUUAGCAGAAAUUGUUAGAAAAACCGAAGAGGGCGAAGUUGUCCACGUUUACUUCGAUGUAGCUCAGGUGGCUAACUUGCCAUACGAUGCUGCUAUGGCUGAAGCUUCCAAGGAAUCAGAAGAUGAUCAGUACAACGCUUAUGACGAAAAUUUCGCCAAUGUCAAUGUGGUCGUGGUUAAGGAAGCUGAUCAAAGCGCAGUUUCUAUUGAAUUAUUGAUGAAUUUGAGUGAAGGUGCCUUCUACGUGGACAGUGUUACUCCUUUCCCAAGCGCAGAUGCAGCUUUGAACGAAUCCGCGGAAGCCGAAGUUAAGCGUGAAUUGGUUUACCAUGGUCCACCAUUCUCUAACUUGGAUGAAGAAUUACAAGAGUCCUUAGAAGCCUAUUUGGAAAGUAGAGGUAUUACUGAAGAGUUAGCUGGGUUUGUUGAAGGUUUCUCUGAGUACAAGGAGAAUCAAGAAUACAUUAAAUGGUUAAAGGAUAUGAAGAACUUUUUCAACUAA